UUAGAUUAUAUGCGUAAGGCAACACAGGAAGAACUAAAUAAGAGAGCCAAAAAUAAUGAAAUAUCUUCAGGGGAAGAAGAGAUCCUUUCUGAUUCAGAGGAGGAGUGUGAUCCAGAAAAUUAUAAUUUUUAAAUUUCUGAAGUUGAUUUGGCAGCAUUAACUUGUGGAAUAGUGCAAGAUGAUCAGAAAGGAUAGGAAAUAAAUUUAAGAGAGAGAGUGAGCACUUAACAAUUAAAAUAAGAAGUUAAUUAGGUAAAUUAACAUAUUAGUGGAAAUCAUUAAAAUAUAACUAGUGUACCUAAUCCAAUAAAAUUGCUUGUUUCAAAAUAAAAGAGAAGAUAUAACUAUAAUGGAUUUAAUUUAGAUUUAACUUGUAUUUUUUACGUAUGGAUCCAUAGACAUUACUGAAAAGAUAAUCGCAAUGGGUUUUCCAGCAGAAAAUAUUGAAUCUAUUUAUCGGAAUUCAAUGUAAGAUGUGAGAAGAUUUUUUGAUUCUGUACAUCCUGGACAUUAUAAAGUUUACAAUCUUUGUGAGGAAAGAAAAUAUGAUCAUUCAAAUUUUAAUUAAGUAGCAGAGUUUCCUUUUCAGGAUCAUUAAGCUCCUACAUUUAGUUUGAUAUAUGAAUUUUGUUUAGAUCUGGUAUUAUUAUCAAUUAUAAUAUAGGAUUAUUGGCUUAAAUAAAAUGAGAAGAAUGUUGCUGGAAUACAUUGUAAAGCUGGAAAAGUAAUUGUAUAUUUUAUAAAAAAAGGGAAGAACUGGUGUUAUGAUUUGUUGUUAUAUGUUAUAUGCUCGUUAAUUUACAAAUGCAUAUGAUUCUAUGAGAUAUUAUGGUAUGAUAAGAACAAAAAAUAAGAAAGUAUAAUUGAUAGAGUAAUUAUUUUUAAGGGUGUAACAAUACCUUCCUAAAUUCGAUACAUUUUUUAUUUUGAAAAAGCACUCAAUAAUAAAUGGGUACCUAAUGAUAUGCCAAAUAAAUAAGUAGAACUUGUUAAAAUUCGAGUAAUACCAGUUCCUAAUGUCAAUUUCUUUGGAGGUUGUGGUCCUUGGUUUCGUAUUUAAAAUAAAGAUAAAGAAUAUUCAUCAAAACAUUAAUUCCCAAUAAAAUAAUACAGAUUAGAACCAUAUAUAGAAUUUAAAUUAAAAGAUAUUAUUUUAUAAGGGGAUGUGAUGUUAUAAUUUUUAAAUUAAGGAUUUUUAUCAAGGUAAAUAUAUAUAUUAGAAAUUAUUAAGCAAUGAAAAAUUAUUUUAAGCAUGGUUCAAUUGUGAUUUCUUUGAUUACACAGGAAUUCUGAUGAUUGAUAAAUUUAUGCUUGACAAAGCUUGCAAGGUAUUUCAAGUAAUAAUAAAAAAAGGAUAAAUCCGGUAAAACAUUUUAGAAAGAUUUUCGUAUUGAAUUACAUGUAGUAGAAGUCAAUCAAGAAAACAAAUCUUAUCAUUCUGUACAUAAUAAUAGUAAUUUUUAAUGCAGUCAUAAAAAUUUCGGAUUUUGA